GCGUUUUUAGAAAUCUUUUCGAUGUUUUGGAGCUGUUCUCUGGUAGUUUUCUGGAAAAUCUAUCAGAGAGAGGCUCCAAAAUGUCAAAGAGCUCUCUUCGACAUCUUGGAAUUGUUCUCUAG